CAUCUCGCUCUGCAAUAAGAAUUUUUGAUGGAGUUAGACUGCUUAAUUAAGUAGGUUGCUUUAAAUAUAUUAGACUUUCUGAAUUUGUAAGAUUUAGUCUAAUGAGCCCAAAUGGAGAAGAUUUGAAGGACGACUGCUCAGCAUCUCAAUUUACAGGACAGCGCCUCGGUCGGACAAAGACUUGGAGACUUCUCAUCUUUCAGUGAUGGCUAUCAACACGGACGCAGCCUUUGGGAAAAGCGCCCUUGGCGAGAGGGAGGUUUCCAAUCCGACCGACUUCCAGGACACGGAGAAGCUCCUGAGCACCGGGACCACCGAGCCCACCGGGCAGAGCAACGUCAAACCGUCCGACUCAUUCUCCCUCAACAUCAGAGGCAGCGUCCGGUCCCUGGAUGCGGACCAGAAUGGGCACAGAUCACCGCUAAAGUCGGGCUCCAUCGGGUAUCUGGCGGCCCCACCCAAGUCCCUGUCCCGGCUCAGCCUGAACCCGCUGCCCUCCCUGUUGCCGUCCGGGUCCGCACCCCCGAGUUACCUCUGGCUCGCCGUGCUGUCGUGCUUCUGCCCCGCCGUGCCGCUCAACAUAUGUGCCUUGUGGUAUGCAAAUGUGUCGAGGUCUGUUCUCCAUACAGGAGAUUUAGAAGGAGCAAGGAAGUAUGGACGGCUGUCUAUGCUGUUAGCUGUCUGGCGAUGCUGCUGGGUGUGGCUGUCAUCAUCUUCAUAGUGUUUACAUUAGAGUUCCAGAAAUAAACUGUGGGAUGGACGGAGUCACAUUUAACUUCAUCUGAUCUCAAAUUUCCACAGAAGAGUGGUGGAGGAGGAGGAGGAGGAGGAACGUUUUGAAAAUGUAAAAAGCACAAAAUCUGUUGAAAACAAGCUGAAAAGACUAUGUAAAACAUAUUGCUUUUUUCUGCUAUGGACGAGAGAAAGAAGAAGGAAAUAGGUUGCAGGCUGUUUCUCUUUUUACAGCCGCACAUGUCUCAUAACUAACCCCACAAACUCAGGAAAAAAGUUAGGAAAACGAAGGCUGCACACAGAUAGUGUUGUCGGAUCAUCAGACAGCACAUGCUGUGGAGAAAGUGCAACUGCUCAUAGUCCAAACUACUGGUGCACUGAGGUACUUAAUAACUGCAUUUGCUUAUUAAAAAAAUGGCAUUGAUAAAUAGGACUAAGAAGACCGUCAUCAUUAACAAAGGUAACACAUAAAAAUACAAUUUAUAUGUGGUGUAAGAUUAAUUAAAGAAGAAAUGCAUCAGUGCACCUCUAGUCUGUAACUGCCUGCUCUCUUAACAUUUACAACACAGUACGGACCAACUGAGGGAGGAUGUAUAUACUGAUUUCAUACACUGUUUACAUGCAACAAAUGUACGUUUAUCACGACAACGUCCUGCUGCAGCCAUAGUGUGAUACCUUGCUUUGCGUGCUAUAUGAUAAAUUGAUGCCUACACUUCGUUACGUUUACAAUAUACUGCAAGAUAUGAACGGGGCUGCUCUCCCUGUAUGCACUGUUAUUUGCACUCUGAUGUUGAUGUUUAUACAUUUAUACUGUAUGACUGGUUAACUGUGCAUGUCGGAAAUAAACUUGAACGAG